AUGAGAAAUUCAAUUUUCUUCUUCUCACUUCUUUUAUUUUUUGUGAAUUGUGAAUAUAAAGACAAUAUUCUAAUAACCUCGAUUAUUUUUACUCCAUCAACAUCACUUAAUUGUACAGCACUCAACAUUACUGUAAGUUGACAAACGAAGAUCAAUAAGUCACUGUAAUUUUCUCCAGAUAGAUUCAAAGCCAUGUCAACAUUCAUGUGAAAAAUCAACGGAUACUAUCGCUAUAUAUAUGAACGGAGUGAGUGAUAUUUUCCACUUGAACAAAAUUUUGAUUUCAAAAAAUCAAUUAAGGGAGAAGUAGGUGAAAAUAAGAAAAAUUUUACAAUUGGUUUGGAAUGGGAAUCUACUUAUGAGCAAGGAUUUUUUGUUGUGAACGAAACUGCGCAAGUUAAUACUCUACAACAAACUGUUAUUGAAAUAAAAAGCUGUGAGUUGUUAGAAAAAUGAAUCUGGAAACAAGUAUUGUAGUUUUUAGCACAUUUUGAAUACUUGAUUGUGUUUAAAAAAUUAAAAAUUGAACGCUAAACUGUUCAGUUCAAAGAGUUCAAGUGUUCAAGUAAAUUUUCUCAAAAACUGUACACUGGUUCGAAAUGAGUUGACAGGGCUGUUCAAGUAUCAAAAUUUUUUAAAAAUUGUGCAUCUCCUUCUAAUGAUUUCCAAUUCAGUGCAACAAUCAACAACUACUACUAAACCAACGUCGACUACACCUAAAAGUACAACAAACACAGGAUCGACAACUGCAAGUUCAACAAAACCACCAACAACACUAAGACCGGAUAUACCUAGAAAUGCUACUGUAGGUUUAUCAAAAUCAUUUUUUUAAAUCAAAAACCUUGGAAUCAUCUUGAAUUUUCAAGCUACUUUUAGAUUCGCAAAAACUAAAAGCUUCUUCAGAUAAGUUGGAUUCGUAUAAAAUACGAUACCUCAAAAUCAAAUCAAUCUUCUGGAAAUGGUGCAGCGGUUACUGUAGCAAUUCUUGAAGGAUUAGUUCUAAUUGGAAUAUUGGUCUAUGCAGCAUACCGUACUAUGGUUGUUCAAAAACGAAAAAAUGCAGCGGUAAGUUUUCAAUGAUCUUGGAAUUUGUGAUCGAAGAAAAACAAUUAUUUUUAGAUGAAUGCUGCUUACGACUUCAAUGCUCAACAAAGUUAGUUUUUGAAUUCAAAAUUCUAGAAAAAAUUUGAAUUUUCAGAUGCCAUGCGUAUGAAUGAUAUUCCAAGAAGAGAUACAGGAUUUGCAAAUCGUAAGAACCUCACCAAAAAAAUACUUAAUUUCGAAAAAUUUUCAAGCUAACACCACACCACAACCACCUCCAUCAACUUCAAGAACUUUUUCAAGCACUCCUGAUCUUGUAGUUCCAGCAUCAGGAAACACAAAUACAGUGGCGGUGAGGCACCAAAUAUAAUUUGAAACAACAUAAAAAAUUUUCAGACUCAUCAAGACCCAUUUUCAACAUUGGAUAGUUGGUGA